UAACAGUAAUUGAAUAGGUAGUGGACGCGGCGUUUAGUGACUUGUCAAGUGUCAACUUUUAGUCUGAAGAUUCUCAACAUUUCUUUCUACUUUCUAGAUUAUCUAGUUCAUUUCAAGUCGAAGGUAAUCAAAGUAACAAAUAAGCAAAAUGCGACGCAGCUUAGGACGUCGUGGUAACAACAUGAGCGGCAAUCACGGGCCCUUAAUGACGGAACAUUUACAGGACAUUGAUUUGGAGCUUGAGCUGCUUAAGCGCAAGCGUGAGAUGAUUGAGCAACAACAACAGUUGCUGGUAAUGGAGCAGCAGUACAAGUCUUCGGUAUGUUCAUAAUUGCUUUUCAGCUCUCUGACCUCUAUUUUGCAGGCAUGCCACUUGUUUCAGUAUGUAUUAGUUAUCAGUUUAUAAAGUAUCAUAGAAACUUAUUUUAAAUCUUUAAUAGUUAGUCUAGUCUAUACAUACAACACCCCAACCUGCAAUGCCUUAUUAAGCAUUGCUAAAAACUGAGCAUAUGUGAGACUGCUAUAGAUUGUUGACCUACCAACUAGUUUCUUACCAUAUAUUGUUAUCAAACUUGUUGUGUAGCCAACAAUCAUAUUCUUGAGUUAAGUCAUACUGUCAUAAGAUGAUGAAAUGUUUACUCUCAAGUCUUUUGUAGUGAACAAAUGUUGUAUUUUAUUAGUGUUCCUACUCAAAGAGAACCAAACAAAUUCAUAUUUAUUUCUUGAUGAUGUGGAAUCAAUUAUGUACUACUAUAUUUUCGUCAGUAUGGUACAUUCCAAAACUGAAAAAAUUUGCUGAGAAAAAUAUAAUUAGGCCACAGUCAAGACGCUUAUAGAUUCUACCAUGACACUAGAAAGUAUUGUCGAAAAAGUUGGAAUUUGAUAAUGUUGUUGUGGACAAUGUUUUUUCACAACAUUAUUUUUUGGUCAGGAGACUAUUUCGACAAACCUUUGAUGACAGUGUCUGUAUGGAAUUUAAAAGGUUAAAACUUACUGUGUUCUAAACCUAGCUCUGUGAAUAUUUUUAGCUAUUGGAGUUUAUCAUAAUCUGAAAAAGUUUCUUCAUGUGAACAUAGUUCUAAUGGUUUUUCAUCAUUAGACCAGUUCACAUAUGCUGAAGUAUUUAUUGCCAUUCAUCUGAUUAAAUUAUUAAUUUACUUAAGAAUUUAUUAGUAUUUUUACAUAAAUAUUAGGUAAUCAGAAUGAAUGGCCAUAGUUGACUAAACUUCAGCAUAUUGUUUAUAAUAUGUCUUCAUUAUUUAUAAUUAAAUUUCAGAGACAAUCAUAUGAUCAAAUGCGAUAUGAUGAACCAGACCAGCAUGGUUCCAAUCGCGAUUAUAACCACAUGUAUGACUCCGGACUCAAACGAAAUCAGUUUGGCAGAAAACGCCAACCUGAAUCUCAGUGGCAAUACGACGGUCCCCCUAAAAAAGUUAAUCCAAAAAAGAAACCCCAGUUCAACCCAAACAGUAAUUCUGGACCUGCAAAUGUCCGCAACCAAAGGUCCAAUUUUCCAAAGCAAGGUUCGAAGCACCCUUACGGCCAGCCAGCACCUCUUAUGGAUAUAAAGAUAAAGCAAUCUAUAGGCCAAAAGAUCGCGAACCAAAAACUAACACAACAAAAAAAGAACUUCGCUCCAACUAAAGUCACAAAGUCCAAAGCGCCCCCUGCUCCCAAUAAGCUGGCGUCUCACAGUGUCGCCCAACGAAAAAGUUUGGUGGCAGCUGCAACCGGGGCACCCUCAGGGGACGUGACGAACAUGUUGCUUCCUGAUCGCGUGCCGACGCAGCAGGUGAGCGGGCGCUUGGAGCUGGCUUUGGGGGCGAUCAUGAAAAACGUAAGGGGGAUGAUCGAUCGGAAACCUGAGCACGCUGUCUUGCUACGCACUCUUCAAAUGCAGCGUGUUAUGAAACAAGCCGUGCGGGAACGUAUUCGUAACGUCAUGUUAGGAAAAGUAGUCGGCAGUUUAAUUGACAUACUUGCGAUUUAUCGAGAGGAAUUCCCUGAAGAAACUGAUCUUGACAUCCUCAAUCUAGCUAUAGAAACAGGAGGGACCUUAGGGGAAGUGACUGAAGAAAAACCGAAAUCUAAGUUUAUUGAAACAGAUGACCCAGGAGAAUUUUUCAAAAUCAAUAUGACUGCUCUAAUUGAAUCCAAACUGAAUGAAAUGUUUUCUAAACUUGAGAACAUGGUCAAUGAGGAAACACCAGAAGGUGAUGAUAAUUCAGAUCAACCUGAGGGCAAAGAAAAUGGCAUCAAGUCUGAAAAACCCGAUGACUCGGAAACUGAGAAGUCGGAUGUUCCUGUGAAAUCAGAUACAGCUGAGAAGUUGGAUACUACUGAAAAGUCAGACACUGCUGAGAAGCCAGACACUCCUGAGAAGUUAGAAAACUCAGAGCAGUCAAACAACCCUGAGCAGUCCGACAACCUGGAGAAGUCAAACAACACCGAGAAGUCGGAAAACCCUGAGAAAUCGGAUAACCCUGACAAGUCAGACAACCAAGUGAAGAACGAGAACUCUGAUAAUCAGACCAAUCUUUCUGAAACAGCUAAAAAUGAAAAGGAUGAAGGUCAGGAGUACAAAGAGUUUUUGAACUCGACUGUACGUGUUCACCAAGUGAGGCGAAUUUUACCACGGCUGUUGAAGCGUUUUACUCCGUACAUCAUCAAGCUCAUCAAUGUGGACUCGCUUUACCAAAGCACUAAAGCAGCAAUAGUUAUGAAAACAAACCAGAAGGCUGCAAGGAUAACUGGCACCAAACUGUCAGAUAUUCCUGAACCUGUUAUGAAAGGAGAGUCUGAGGCCAAAGCCGUUGAGCAGAGUAAUGCGGGUCAAAACCGUACAAUGUACAACUUGCCGUAUUACGUAAAGAUAAUGGGCCGUCCAUCAUUACCAAAAAGGAGGACCAUGCAAGGUUUCUUGAGCAAGUUCAACCCAAAGUCUAUCAAGAAACAUAGGACUAUCCACAACUUGCUGUUUGUUGGCUUUUCGGAAAAAGCUGACUUUGACGCCAUGGUGGCUGCGGACGGCACAGUGAUGGGACGAUCCACACUCAGCGUGAGAAAUUGCUCCAAAGAUAAUCAAAAUUCGAACGCUGAACAAAAUGGUGAUAAUAAUGACAGCAUCAAUGAUACAGAUGUAAUUAUGACUGAAGUUAAGAAAGAAGAUAAAUCGCUGGAUGAGAUCAUACCUUCUGAUUUGGACAACCAGAUCUCUAAUUUGCUGUCUACGAUCAGGAAAGCUGAGGAAGAUAAUGAAAUGAAUACAAGCAGCAAUGACGUUGAAAAAGGAGACAAACAAGGUGAAAAUGCUACUACAGAAACCACAACGAAAGAAGUUGAUAAUGGGAUUCCGGAAAAUGUUGAAAAUGAUGCCAAUAAAAUGGCACAGGAGGAACAGGCAGCUGAUGACGUUCAGGAUGAAAAUAAUGAUGAUCAAGCAAGGCAAGCUACUGAUGAUGGUCCAAAACAGGACACAGAAUCAAAUAAAGAACCCGCAGAAACAGUAGUUGCACAAUCUGUUGAUCCAGCGGUAGGAAACGGCGAAAAUUCGGAGGAUGCACAGACUGCUAAUUCUGAAUCUAAUGAAAACUUGGAGAAUGAUAAGCUUGGAGAGUUGAAGGCAGGCACAACUGGGAGAUCUACCCCGACGCGAACUUCUGCUCGACUGGCUAACGUCACGCCUAGCACUAUACGUACUCGUCGAGCGAGCCGGCUCGCACAAAACUAGAAUACCUAAUUUCUAAACUGAAUUGUUUAGUUAAGCAAUAAGCAAACGCUGCUAAAGAUUUACCAGAUUACAAGAAUUACAGAUCCACUCGAAAGAGUCUUUUAAGUUUAUGUAUUGCAAGAGAUUAAUGAAAUGCAUGAGAAUAUUUUAUGAUUGUUUAUUGGCUUUAAUUUAAUAGGUAAUGCUUGGUCAUUUUAAUAAGACUUACCUAAGUCUAAAUAUGAAUUACUCCAAUUAUUAUAGAGUUUAGGUUUCAGUUUUACUGAAACCUUUUGAUUAUUUCAUAAGAACGUUAUGAAAUAGAUUUUAGAAAAGAAUAUUAUGAACGAUUUCCAUUUUAACGUGAUGUAAUAAUAAUAGGAUGUCAUGUAAUAAAUAUUUCUACGAUUA